CUUUUUGCCUACGAGAGAUCAGACGCCUCUCAGGCACUCGCACACCACCAUACAACAUCAUACAACCACAAUGUCUGGAAACGCCCAAGGAUUGUUGCAGCCUCAGAUCUUUGAGAGCUUGCAAAGGAAGAUUGACGAAGAGACCGAAGUGAGAGAGUCCAUUCGCGAGAUUGUGCAGACACUCGAGAAGCAGGAUCGAUCGACCCAGGCUGUCCUCUCCCGUGCACAUUCGUCAAGUAACAACGAGCUUCCUGCGGUCGUUUCUUCUGCUCAAGAGUCUAUCAACAAGGAAGUCGAUUCUAUUGCCAAGCUCUCUGCUGCUGCAUCGAAGUAUCCUUACUACAAGUACAAUGGCAUGUGGACAAGACAUGUACAAGACGCUUCUUUCUCAAUUUUACUGUGCGGAUUCCUCGGCGGCUUCUCCAACGUUGGAUCGGGAUCUCAGGAUGGUCGCCUCUUGACCAUCGAGGAGGUUGGCCAAAUCAUGAACAUCCCCGUCAACGUCAAGGACAGAGACGUCUUCCACCUGACCAUUGAGGAAUACCUCCAGUCAUUGAUCUCCUUGAUUGACGAGCUGGCUCGUCUUGCUCGCAACAGCGUUACUCAGGGUGACUAUUCGCGUCCCGUGCACAUUGCGAAGUUCAUCAAGGACGUCCAUGCUGGAUUCCAAAUCUUGAAUCUCAAGAACGACUCUCUUCGCAAGAGAUCUGAUGGUAUCAAAUACCGUGUCAAGGAGGUUGAGGAUGUCGUCUAUGAUCUCAGCCUUAGAGGCCUCACUCCCAAGGAGUAAGUGACUUAACUAUCAGCUGGCUAUAGUGCGGACCUCCUGGACUGUGAAAAUUCCUCAUAGGGUCAUGCACGCGAGACCCCAAAAGUUAGCCAUAUACUACCAACAUUACAGUGUAGAGCCUCAUUCCAUCUGCUUCCAACUCUUUUUGCAACGGGAAAGUAUGCACGCGCCUUCACAGCGGUUCCGUUGCCUGGCAAAAUAUCGCUGGACUCUUAUCAAAGACCAUCAUCUACACGACCUAUGAACUACACAAUCUCGCAAAUAAUCAAUUGUUGGUUCUUGAUUGUGAUAAACAUGCCCAUGUUUCAAAGUCCCUCGGUCAAAUAUGAGAUCUUGCCAAUUGGUUGUGAUUGGCCUAAUCUAUGUCUUCUGUC